AUGCAGGAUAACAGGAAUGGGAUGAUGCCAUUCCCACCGCCCAUCGGCAACGACAGGGUCAUCUGGGAAUUGCCGAAGUGUUACACACCUGCAGCUUGUGUGCAGCUGAAGAUAGACUGGGACAUUCAGACUAAAGCAGCCUGUAAAGACAGAGCUGUCAGGAAUCAGCCGUGGGACCGACAGAAAAUGUCAAAAGUGGUGGUUGUUGGAGACCUUAAUGUGGGAAAGACUUGUCUUAUAAAUAGGUUUUGUAAGGAUGUAUUUGAAAGAGACUACAAGGCCACCAUAGGAGUGGAUUUUGAGAUCGAGAGGUUUGAGAUAUCUGGAGUACCUUUCUCUCUUCAGAUCUGGGAUACUGCUGGGCAGGAAAAAUUCAAAUGCAUCGCUUCUGCAUACUACAGAGGUGCACAGGUCAUUAUCACAGUCUUUGACAUGGCAGACAUCAAGUCCCUGGAUCAUACACGUCAGUGGUUGGAGGAGGCCAUGAGUGAAAAUGAGCCUGACUCCUGUUUCAUCUUCUUGGUUGGUACAAAGAGCGACCUGCUGCCUGCAGAAGAAAAGCAGAGGACAGAAAGAGAUGCUGUCAGGAUAGCAACAGAAAUGCAUGCAGAGUUUUGGGCUGUUUCAUCCAAAACAGGUGAAAAUGUGCAGGGGUUUUUCUUCAGGGUGGCAGCUUUGGCCUUUGAGAACUGCAUACUGAAGGACAUGGAGAAUGGUGUUCCUGUUGGCAUCGGACUAGGAGAUAGUAUCAAAUCAGAUCGUGCCAACCUGGAGGAGACCGCACCCCAAGAUGGGAAGAGAGGCUGCUGCUGA